AAGCAUCGCAUUUUAAAGGAACACUAUUCUAUAUGGGGCCGAAUUGAUUUAAGCUGCUUUCUAAUCACUAAUAAAGUAGUUGAGCUACUGGGGUUGCCUUAAUAAGCUCUAACAAGGAGUUUGCUUCCCUUUUUUUUGGAAAUAGACUGUGUUAUAGUUGUAUUUUAAAUUUAUUACAGCUUCUACCCAAUUUUGCAAUCAACUUGCAUUGGUAUUUCACAGUUGUGUACAUUUACUAGUAAAAACUUCAUUUGAUCAGCAUCUGUUUGAAUCAAAUGUCCCAUUUCCACCUUUUCUUGCACCUCGAUCCAGGUUCCAUGCAUGCGCUCAUCAUCUCUCUAUCCUUUUCUCUCCUUCUGCUCACCCUGCAGUCCUCAUGUCCAAGCACACCCUCCCCCACAGCUCCCCAAGAUAGAACCCCCUCUUUUAGAAAUCCCUCCUCUGGUGUUUGCCCCCGUGGAUCCUACCUCAGGUCCCAGACUGGUCAAAUGUGAGAAGUGGCCGCUUCUGGGGCGCGAAGACCCCAGAGAGCCACCGGACCCCAUUGACUAUGAAAGCAUUGACCCGGACUUGGAGAACGAUGACAUGUUCGCCAGGCGGACCCUGUCGUUUCAGUCCAACGUGGACUUGGCCACGUUCAAGACCCGGCUCCCCCGCAAGCGCAGACUCCACUCGUCUGAGCCGCAGCUCAAUAUCGUCACACAGCAACACCUUCACGGAGACCCAGACGAAGAUGAUUUUCCAGACAUUGAGCAGGACGAUGUCGUUUAUCGCAGGGAGAAAACUCAGAGGCAGCGGGCACUUUCAGGGGCCCCAGACAACUAUGCCCCCAUGCACGUCCCAGAGCCCUGGGCCCUCCCUGCUGAUCUCAAAGCCAGACUUCUCUGCGCCCCCUGCCCUCUGACUCAGGAAGCGACUGCAGCUGAACAGGAUCAAGCUAAGAAAGAGCUCCAGCCAGAAAAGGAUGACAUGCUGGUUCGGAAGCUGCGAGAUUGUUCCGAUCAGAGUCAGCAGAGAGGCCCGUCAGCCGGUCGCAUGACUCCCUUUGUACCUUCCUCCUGUAGCGAAGGCGACCUGCAGAGGUGGCAGGCAAUCAGGGAAGCCUCUCAGCUAAGACACAAGAGGAAGCUUUUGUUGGAGAGACUAGUGGCUCUGAAAGUGUAGUUGCAGAUUGAUGUAAAACUUCUGAUCUGUGUACAAUUUACCAGCCCUGUGUCAGAUGAUACAUGGGUUUUGAUGGAUGUGGAGUCAGUCAAAGGUUUAGCAUUUAUCCAGUCAUGCUCUUGUUUAAAAUGAAAAGCUGUUUCUUUCAUUUCACUGGGUCACUUUAAAACAUGUUGCUACAAGCCACCAUAGAAGGAGACAAUGACAUUUCCUGUAUACAGUCUAUUUAGUUCUUGGCAUGGUAUCACGUUGUCACUGUUUGGUGACUUUGAGUGAAAAUACAGUCUGACGGUAUUUACACAAGAAAAUCAAAGGGAAAAGACACAAAAUAAUCAAAUUGGCUAAAUUGCACCAUGUUAUUGCUGUUGUAAUUACAAUUAGUUAUAAUACAAUAAUAUGCUUUUGCAUUUUUUUUGACACAUUAACUUAAGUAAUAAAUACCAACUACAUUUAGAUCAUUUUUUUUCAAGUUGAUAAAAAUGUGUGCUUAUUGCCCAGAAUAGUAUGUUUGUCGUUUGGCUCCUUAAGCAGUAGUAGGAAUGGAUAUAACUUAUGUCAGCUGUUUAAUUAGUUUGGCAAUAAUGCGGUAUUAUUCCAAUAAUGUGAGAAAGGUUUCGUUCCUUCAAGAUAACAUUUUGUCAAUAAUUCAGUUGAUUAUGUUAUACUUUGUUAUGGUUCCAAUGGCUUUUUAUGCAUUAUACAACUAUCCACUGCGGUGAUUACAGUUAAAAUUAGUUUUUAAUUCUGAACCAAAGAGGUAAUAACUUUUUGUUUUAUUACUGGCAAUAUAGCAGUUUAUUAUUGGAUAUUGAAAACUUUAUUACAUUAUUGAAAAGGUAUUUGUGUUAGAAGCUUAUAUUUGUAAUGGAAAAAAUGAUCACUUUUUUGCUGUUAUGUUUUUGACAGUAAGCUGCUCAAAGCUUACCUGUAGUUUUAAAAUAUCAUGAGAGACUGAUUUUGUGGUUUUGGGGGCUUAAAAUAUUUAUACUGACAGAUAAAUCUUGUUGGCUUACUCCUCUUUCAGCCAGCUGACUAGCAGUGUGGAGUAAUGGCUUCUUGUUAAAAGGGUUUUAAACCAAAGCAAUGAUAUGAUAGAAUAUUUUUUUUAAACAUUUGUCUUCCUUGCCCAUGAGUAGUUUCAAUUUUGUUUCCUCUUAUUUUUUGAAUUAAUACUUUAUUAUUGUGAAAAGGGUGGUGGCCCAGAGGUGCAUGUUGUUUACCUCCCCGGCUGUGCAAGGGACAUACUGCUGCUGCAUGUGGGUGUGAACAAAAACCCCAAACUUCUUCUAGACCGGAAAGGAUUUUGUGAAAAAACUGGUCCCACAUAUUUUCAUCUUUAGUUUGUUUUCUUGAAAGUUUCAAUCUUCCUGUAAAUGGUAUAUCUAUAUAUUUCUGCUUAAAAUAAUAAAAAUAAAAAAAAACCCAAAAACUUUACGACUUUACAUUGGAACCAGUUAAAUUCAUCCCUGGGCCACAAAUCUUACCCGAGUUCAGUGCCGCCUCUUCAGCUGGAAAGAACUUCACGCCAACAUGCGAAAGUCGCAGUGCAUCAGCAAGACAGGGCAGACACAAAAUACGGCACCCCCGACUGCAACACGCCAGUUUAAUGUGUGCCAACUUUUAUUAGGGGGUAAAGAAAUUCCCCAACGGCUCUGAAAAUACAUACGACGUGUGCGCUCUUUUGGUGAGCAGAACUGAAAAGUUUUCACCACAGGUUGGGCGCACAAUGCAACCAUUUAAGCUGAGUCAAGCUCAUCUGGAUUUACUUCGCUGCCAUGUGUGAAGUUACGCUUGCAUCAUGGAGUCUGUGGAAAGGAUGUGUUGCUUAGAGGGAAAUCCAAACACAUCUAAGCUCUAUACAGUCGGGUCAGCUUUGGUUCUUGUAUGAAUGGAGCUUGGGAAACUUUUUCCACUCCACUAAAGCCUUUUAAAAUGCAGGAAAUUAUCUGAGAUUAUAGCGCGUGAUGAAAUAUUCCAUAGAGUUGUGCAUAAAGCACACUUUUUGUCUCAGCAGAAUGAGGGUUCACCUAUGUAAUAUGCAGAAAAAGCGAUCCAUUGCGAUAAAUAACUUUCAAAGCAGACUUGACAGAUAAGUAAUAUUUUGCACCUGGUGUUCCCAUGGCUCCCUUUUUUUAAUGCUUCCCUGGGCAACUGCCCAUAUAAUUCAUACUGUCAAGUCAGCUAUUUCACUCUUUAUCUUUUGUGGGGAGGCAGAUGCAAAUUAUAGACUUUGACAAGCAGAGUCAUGUUUGUGUUUGGUUUAAAUACAAGUGAGUUUUAAUAAGAGUCUCCACCUGGCCUCGAGCUCUUGACCCAAAUACUGUCAGUCUCACUGUGGGGAAAAAAAAAAAACAGCCUACAGAAAUGUGACUUUUGUUGUGUGUGAUUCUCUCUG